CAUCCUACUUUCUUCUUACUUCGCCCACCAGUGUAUCAAGUAAGACUAUGACGUUUAUCGUGUAAAAAAAAAUAAAUAACAACACAGGAACCACGUCAAAAGUUGUCGACGAUUGCUAUCUCUUUUUCUUUCGUAAUUUUCCUCGGUUUUCUGUCGUUUCUUUAAACUUCCUUGGAUAUAAAGUCAUCUAGUCCCAAAGGCCGAUACUUAUAUACGACAAAUGACUCGAAAGACGCUAAAUUUAACUAAUGAAACUACACUUAUUGUUUUAAAAUAGAAUUCCCGAAAGAUGGAAGUUAUUGCAUGUGUGGUGUGUAAAAUUUUCGUCAUGUUCUCGUCCCAGGCUCUCGGAGCCUAAUGAGUUCCCAGAACCCCACACUGGCUGAGUCAUGGAGCACACAUGACUUGAAGAAUAAUCAUGGACGAGUUUCCUGGAAGAAGAAUUAAACUUUUAUGCUCGUUAUCGUUGUCAAACUAGCAAAAUUUCACUUCACCGCGAAAUAGUCUUUAUGUCGAACAAAAAAAAUUGCUCAUCGGAUGGUAAGGACGGCCGCAACGAGUCCAGGAAUUGUACCCAAGAUACUGAUGGUGAUGACAGUGUGGACAUGAAACGGGCAGCGGAACAAAAAAUCAAGAACUAUUUUUUCCAGCUGACAGAUGGCUGUGGAGUGCAGGGUUGUAGCAAUGAAUACUGUGCAUCUAGCGGGAGAAAGCAAACCUCAAAGGACGAUGCUGCAGCAUUAGCAUUGCAGCUUUUCAUGAAGAAGGCUCGCCUUUGUGAACCGCUGCAAGAAAAAAAUCACAAAGUCCCAGCCAAAGAGGUCCCAUUUCUCACAGAAAAAUCAUUCCUGUCCAACCUGAAUUCAUGCCAGGAAGAGGGAAACUACAAGAAACUUGUGCACAACAUCGGUGUGGUGUUUUCUAGUUCUGAAUCACUGAACAAAAGUUUCUUGUUAGACUCGUCUGGCAAACAGAACAUGGGAACCAAUGUUGACAUUGAAGCUGUACGAAACAUGUAUUCUGCUCUGUUCAAGACAGGGGAUUCCUCGGUGGAGAAUUCAUUAAUAAACUCCCUGGUUGCCUUAGCACCAACUCUUGAAAUGGAACUUCGAUACAAAGCACCAAGCAAUGAUCCUAACUUUUUGAAUCAAUUUGUGAUUAUCAUGGAAAACACGAUGCUACAGAGUCCGGAAUAUUUAGACCAGGCGUUGCCUAGUUUUCUCAAAGCUGUGGCGUUACUCCCAGUAAAAUUCCAAGCAACUUUAGUCCAUAUCUGGUCGCAGUUUUCAAGUAAGGAAAUCAGGUGCAUGGUUGAAACUCUUCAGCAACUGAUUACGUACCAAGUCUUAACAGGACCUAGUGCCACAGGAAACAUGCCAGUGCAAGAGGAUGAAGCAAUUGUGGCUGCAACGAAAACUAUGAAAAUGCUUUAUUACGCUAGUAUAUUAGGAGGAAAUUUUGAUCAAACAUUGAACGACAACCAUGAUGGAGCUACGGCAAGCAGCGAUCAUGAUGACCCUCUCGUUAAGGAAUUGAAAAUUGAUAUGUUAGAUUGCCGCAAGCCACUAGUUAAAUGUGAAGAAUUUGUUAAUGAUCCAUUAAAUGAGCAAAUAGAGGUUGACCGCGACUUUACCUACUUUAAGAAUGAUUCACAGGGCAAGUUUUCUUUCCUGAAGUACAACUUCAUCCUUUCAACUGCUACCAAGAGCAUGGGCUUGUUUUACGACAAUCGUGUGCGCAUGUACAGUGAGAGACGGCUGACUUUACUGUACAGUCUUGUGAGGGGCCAACAUGCAACGCCAUACCUCAGACUCAAAGUUCGUCGAGAUCACCUAAUUGAAGAUGCUCUUGUCAAUCUGGAGAUGACUUCACAAGAUAAUCCAGCAGAUCUCAAGAAGCAGCUCUAUGUUGAGUUUGAAGGAGAGCAGGGAAUUGAUGAAGGGGGUGUGUCCAAGGAGUUCUUUCAACUGAUUGUGGAGGAAAUAUUCAACCCUGAUUAUGGGAUGUUUACUUUUGAUGAAGCCACUCGUUACUGCUGGUUCAAUCUAAACUCUUUUGAGACAGACGGACAGUUCUUCUUGAUUGGUCUGGUUCUUGGCUUGGCCAUCUACAACAAUGUCAUUCUAGAUGUGCAUUUUCCAAUGGUUGUGUACAGAAAAUUGUUUGGCAAGAAAGGAACAUUUGAAGACCUCAAGGAUUCACAUUCUAGUCUUGCAAGUGGCCUUCAAGAUCUGCUGGAUUAUGAAGGUGAUGUGGAGAGUGAGAUGAUAUGUAACUUCACAAUUGGAUACACAGACAUGUUUGGCCAGUCACUUACCAAGGAGCUGAAGGAAAAUGGAGCAGAGAUCACUGUUACCAAUGAAAACAGACAGGAAUUUGUGAAUCUGUAUGCUGAUUUCAUCCUAAACAAGUCAGUUGAGAGACAGUUCAAAGCAUUCAAGCGUGGUUUUGACAUGGUGGUGUCUGAAUCACCUCUCAAAACGUUUUUCCGUCCGGAUGAGGUGGAGCUGCUGGUGUCUGGCUGUCAGGAUUUUGACUUUGAUGCUCUAGAGAAGUCCACUGAAUAUGACAAUGGGCUUACUGAGGGUUCAACAUUGAUCAGGUGGUUUUGGGAAGUAGUUCACAGCUUCUCUUUGGAGCAGAAGAAACAGCUGCUGAUGUUCACGACGGGAAGUGAUAGAAUCCCCGUUGGAGGAUUCUCAAAGCUUCGUCUCAUCAUUGCCAAGAAUGGUCCUGAUUCAGACAGGCUUCCGACCGCGCACACGUGUUUUAAUGUCCUCCUGCUCCCGGAAUACUCGAGCAGGGGAAAGCUGAAAGAAAGGCUUCUGAAAGCCAUCACGCAUGCCAAGGGCUUUGGUUUGCUGUAGAGGACACAAAGGAACGGGGCUGAAUGAGCAACACAGUACAGACAAAAAUGUAAAUGGAGAAGUUAAAAGGAACCUGUGUUUACUUUGGAUAUAGCGUCUAGAUAUGGAGUAAUUUCGAGUGGUAUGUUAUGAAAUAUCCUACCAGUGACAGGAAUAGCUAGAUGCACACGCAAAACUGGCAAGUCUUUGCGUAGACUACAACGUGACUGAUCAAGUAACGGGUGGGGAUAUCAAGUCAUGGUAUACCACGAGAGUGCAGUGCGUAACUGUUUUAUCGCUGGCCAAUGUUACUUUUACGAUCAGUACGUUAUUAAGGGAAAGCAUCGUUUCAUUCACCUCGGGGAUUUCGGAAUUGAAGAUGUAACGUAGGUCUGCUUACUAGCUGUACCCUCCAUGAAUGGGUGAUAAAACUGAAAUCAACUGAUGUUAAGGAAAUGAUUUAACUGGGCAUGCGCUUUCUAUUCCACUCUUACAUAACAGAAAAUUCUCGUUUCGGGGUAAAAAGUAAGGUAAAGUCAAACCUGAUGCGCGCGCACAUUGUUAGGAAAUAGCUGUCUGGGUGUCUGUGUCUGUUAAUGUGUCUGCUAAAAAAUAACUUUAGUGUCUGCUAAAGAAAAUAACUUUUGGUGUGGUCAGAUUCAAAUGUUAUCAAAAGUCUAGGGAUAUUUCUUACAGUAUUUCUCGUCCUUUUGACAAGGAGAGGGAGAAAGUGGAAAAGCACAGCUCGUCUAGUAAGUCAGUCUGCCGGGAUGGCUUAGUUCAAGGUAUUUUAUAGGAACGAGAAAAAUUUAUUACACUAAUAACAGAGUUCGCGCUGCACCUGGAACUCCUGGAAAACUCCUGGAAUUGUAAAUUUUUUCUUCGGGGCUUUCGAAAACUCCUUGAAAAUUGUUUUUUCCACAUACUCGUAGGAAACUCCUUGAAUUUUAUAGUCAUUAAAGAAAUGCUGUCAUUUUCCCUUUUUUUUGCAAGCACUUCGUAGGUCAGCUGCUGGUAAAGCAACUUUCUUUAAAAUAUUUACCCCAUGAAAACCCUGCGUUUUGGGUCGUUAAAAUGUUAUUACGUGGUUCAUGGAAAAAUUCUGGGAUUCCAUCAUUAGUGAGUAGUACGAACUCUGUAGUUAAGAGACCUUCGAGAUCGUUACGCAGUCUUGUCUCCCCACAAGAAGUGCGUGACAAGCCAUAACGUUCUGCGCAGAAAGCUAAUAGAUUUUGGCCAAGGUAUCUAUAAAGGAGGCUUUUUCUUGAUGAAGUGUUCCUUUACGCCUUUUUGACUCUAUCAAGUUAUUGAUAUCAAAAUUCUCAUGGCGAAAAACACUACGGCUAUGCGGUAAGUCGAGUGGACGAGAUCACGAACGCGCGUGAAUAUCGCCUCCUCGCGCGUCGCGUCUUCUCGUGCGAGGUGAUUUUCGCACGCGUUGGUCCACUCGACCAGUCCUGAGAAAAAAUGAGAAAAUAUCUUGUAGUUGAUGAUUUUCUUUCUUCUCAUGAACCAGUUUACUUGACAGCAACGAUAGUGUAAAAUGAAAUUUCCGAUCGGCGUAGAGAGUUCUUAGAAGUCUAAUGCUAUUAGUCUUGUAGGGUAUUUAGCAUAGUGUUUGCAAACUAAAAACGGUUCGCUUUGGUUCUUGUUUAAAAAACGAAAACAAAGUCAUCCAAUUGGGGACACGUUUUUCCUGACAUGUUGAUCAGUUGGUUUUCCACUUAGUUGUAGAUAUGGAGAUAAUUUUUUUCAGUUAACAAAGUAAGAAAUAAAGCUGUAUUUUUGAAAAUUAAGUGGACAUUAAAUCUGUCAAUACUGGUGUGCUUUA